UUUACAUUUAAAAGUGUGGUGAUCUAAUUGACGAGACGUACAGUCCAUGAACGACCGCAAAGAAGCGUGUGGGCAUUACUUGCUGUAUGUGGUAUCUGCGGGAUUGAAAUACGCGAAUCGUGCAAUUCACGUCUCUGUGGGGAAAAGGGACAGGAAGGACAAAAACCUAAAUCAGCAGCGGGUUUUUUUUUUUUAAUCCGUCGCGGGCCGUCGGCACAAUACGCGCGUUCAUGCCACUUCACCUGUGCCACGGAAACACGAAGGUGGAGGCUCUCAGAAGGAAAAUUGAAAGGGGGCUGUGUGAAAAAGCAGUCAAAAUGACUAAAAUAAAGACAUUUUGUUUUCUGCGUCGCAAAAGAAUAAGGGGGUGACGCGGGAACCCUGGGUUUAUUCGGGCACUUGGUUUGCAAGCGCAGCGCUCCUGUGGAGGAACCGCAGCAACACUGAACAGUUCCGAGGAAUUCGCCGCACCAGCGAUCUCCUGAAGGAGGUCAGGUGAUAUUUACGCGGCCAACUGAAGACUUGUAGUGGCAAUUGUAACAGGUGGACAAGAAGAGGGAGUAUUUCAUAUCAAAAGGCGCUCCGAAGGGGUUUGCGGACGACUUUGGCGGAGUUUAAAGUCAGGAGGACGAACUGCGAACGAGUGAGCCGGCAACUUUAAUUUGACUAAAGUGCAUCACCCGAGUGUGCGAUGUCCGGAGAGGGGGUGUGAGAGGGGACGAUAAAAUAAUCAAAUAUCGGGAUCCGGUUUCGCUGCAGGUUCAAGCCAAGGGGAACACAGGCGCCUUUGCUUCUUCGGGCAGGUUUCCGAGCAGAAUGCUGAACCACACGGGCUGCUCGGAGUGCGAGGGGAACCGAACGCACAACGGGACGAGCGCCCCGGACGAAACCGUCACGCUGGUUUUCAGCGUCGUGCUGACUGCCCUGCUCGCCCUGGUGGUCUUUUCCUUGGGGUGUACCGUUGAGUUGGGCAAACUGUGGUUCCACCUCCGGCGCCCCUGGGGUAUUUUGGUGGGGCUCGUUUGCCAGUUUGGUCUGAUGCCCCUCACUGCGUACGCCCUCGCUGUUGGCUUCGCCGUGAAACCGGUGCAGGCUGUCGCCAUCCUCAUCAUGGGCUGCUGUCCGGGGGGGACGAUCUCCAACAUUAUCGCGUACUGGGUUGAUGGAGACAUGGACCUCAGCAUUACCAUGACCUGCUGCUCGACAGUUCUGGCUAUGGGAAUGAUGCCUCUCUGUCUGUUCAUCUACACACGCUCCUGGGUUGGCGAAGGCAACAUUAAAAUCCCCUUCUUUAACAUAGGAAUUACUCUUGUUACCUUGAUUGUUCCCGUGUGCUGUGGAGUCUUUGUCAAUUAUAAGUGGCCAAAGAAAGCACAGAUCAUCUUGAAGGUGGGCACUGUCGUGGGUGGCGUACUCAUCCUGGUGAUCGGAAUCGCCUCUGCUGUUCUGUAUAAAGGCUCAUGGGACACAGACACCUCCAUGUUGGUAAUUGGGAUUAUUUACCCCAUGAUCGGGUACGCAGCUGGGUUCAUCACUGCUGCUGUUGUGAGACAACCCUGGAAAAGGUGCAGGACGAUUGCCUUGGAGACAGGAGCCCAGAAUGUCCAGGUCUGCUCCACCAUGCUUCAGCUGUCCUUCCCCGCAGAGCAGCUGGUUCUCAUGUUCACCUUCCCUCUCAUUUAUGGCUCCUUCCAGCUUUUGAACGGACUGCUUAUUGUGACAGUUUAUCAGAUUUACAAAAAAGUGACAUCAGACAAGCCCGACGACAAGCCACUUGCAGGACCCGGUCUGAUUAAUAGUUUGAGCUUCAAAACUCCACAAGGGGAGGUCAACAUGGCUUUUGAAAAUGAGAAAGCCCUUUGUGAAGUUAAUAAACAGAGCCUGGAACCGGUAAAAGCAGAAGAACGUCAAAUGAUGGAGUGUACCAAACUUUAAAAUGCCCACAUGUACUGUUUUUAAUGAGUUUACGGAAUUCUGUUUCGUUUCUCACUUGUAUUCUACAUUACAAGUUUUAUUGUUUUAUUAAAGGGGAAGAUAUCAUAUAGAAUGCUU